AUGACCCCCAAUCUCGUCACCAUUCACGCAGGUCUCCUCUUUGAUCCCCAUAGCAAGUCCUUCAGGAAGAAUCUGUCGAUACGGGUCGAUACUGAGACGGGUGCCGUCGCCGAUGUCUUUGAGCGAGACGGCUCUGCUGACAGGCCCAUUAUGAGCAGCGACAUAGACCUUCGAGCCAAGGUCGUCAUGCCAGGCUUCGUCGAUGCGCACACCCAUAUUUUCCUCCAUUCUUACGAGGAGCGCCCAGCUCAAGAGCAGAUGCGCGACGAGAGCAUUGUUGAGCGCACGGUCCGCGCGACCAACCACGUGCGUCUCGCGCUCCUUUCUGGAUACACCACCUAUCGUGAUCUGGGGUCCGAGGGUAUGGGCUCGUUCGACGCCAAUCUCAGGGACACUAUCAAUCGCGGGCUCAUACCGGGUCCGCGACUCUUCGUCGCGACGCACGCGCUGACCAGCACUGGCUCCUAUGAGAUGCGCACCGAAAACGCAGCCAAUGGCGUAGCUGGGCCGACCAUAUCCGACUCAUGUGAUGGGCCGACUGGCGUCCGGAGAGCAGUACGCAGAAGGGUUGCCGACGGCGCCGACGUCAUCAAGUUCUACGCCGACUAUAGGAGGAAGAUCAUGAGAUUCCCACCCUUGCAGACUCAUCCAUACAUUGGUGGCAUGCGCUUCCCACCCAAAGCUGCGAACCCUCAGGUCGUCAUGUUCACGCAGGAGGAGAUGGAUUGCAUCGUCGACGAAGCGAGGCUUGCUGGCCUUCCCGUGGCUUGCCAUGCAGGAACUGCCAGGGGUGCCAUCAUGGCUGCCAAGGCUGGCGUUACAUCGAUAGAGCACGGAUCGGAGGGCGGUGACGAACUGCUCAGGGAGCUAAGGAGGCAUGACACCAUUCUGGUACCGACUCUUGCAGCCACCGAAGCCAUCCGCAAGGACCAGGUGGAGGCGGCCCAACAACUAGCCAAACGCGCAUUUGACAUGGGCGUCCGCUUGGCUGCUGGCGGCGACACUGGCACGUUCAACCACGGACAGGGUGUCAGAGAGAUGGAGCUCCUGAUUGAUGCGGGAAUCCCCGUAGAGGACGUUCUAGAAGCGUGCAUGCUGGGCGGAUGGGAAGCCUGCGGCGGUGAUGCCUGCGGUUUUCGCUUCGGAUGGCUUGCAAAGGGCACCCGCGCCGACGUGAUCGCCCUGGACACAGACCCGCGUGAGGACAAGCAGGCGCUGCGAAAAGUGAGCUUCGUGAUGAAGGAUGGCAAGGUCUGGCAACAUGCGGGCGUUCCCGUCGGCGUUAUCGAGUCGAUGACACAGGAGCCGGAACAAGACGACCCGACGUGGCAGCUAAUCUAAUUUCCUCGCAGUCAAUGCAUGUGCGGAUCGGACUGUAGGAGUUGAAGCAGGUCGGAAGCGGCGGGCAGGACGGGUGGCUGCUGACGAGCGUAGGCGUCAAAUGACCCGGCAUGGCGCUGGUAGGCUCUGCAGAUGUGCCGAUACGUCUUGCUCGCAUGCACGAGCAUGGGGACGCUAAAUUGCAAGCAUAGCACGACACCCCUCCUGCGCGGGUGCGACCGACCUCGUUGGCGUCCAUGAUCGGCAUGCUCGCGAUGGGUUGGGGAGGUCGGAGCCGCUGUCUCGGACCCCCAUGGACACGGCCUCAACUUCAUCGCCCCGCACUCGAGAGAUCCAAACCGCUCCC